CUCUACAGAUGUGACUCACAGCACUGGAUCACAAAAUCUCAUUUGAGCACAUCUUCCUGUGGAGAAUACAAAAUCAGAGGGUUACAAUUCAAGAUCACUGAUGGCCAACCCUGGAGUGAUUACACUGAACGGACAAAGCCUGCUUGAGGGCCUUGAGGAUUUAUACAAUUCCUCUUAUGAAGAUGACGAAUAUUGCUGUGAAGGGGGUGAUGUUUGCGACCUGGAGGAGGGCAUGCUUUUUGAGGCAGUCUUCAUCCCAAUUCUGUACUCGGUGGCAUUUGUCGUGGGUGUCCUGGGAAACGGAGUGCUGCUGGGAGUUCUGGUUCAGAGCAGGAGGACCUGGAGUGUGACGGACACCUUCAUCCUCCACCUGGGUCUAGCAGACAUCCUGCUGCUGGUGACGCUGCCCUUCUGGGCUGCACAGUCUGCUCAAGACCAGGGGUGGACCUUUGGCACUCCUCUCUGCAAGAUCACUGGGGCUGUUUUUACGAUCAACUUCUACUGUGGGAUCUUUCUGCUGGCCUGCAUCAGUCUGGACCGCUACCUGUCCAUCGUCCAUGCCACCCAGAUGUACUCCCGCAGGAAUCCCUUGGUCGUUCAUAUCAGCUGCUUGGCAGUGUGGCUCUUCUCCCUGCUCCUCUCUAUCCCUGACUGGUAUUUUUUGGAAGCUAUGAGGGAUGACAGACGACAAAAAACAGAGUGCAUUCGCAACUACUUCAUAGUUUCCCCUGAGGCAGUAGGCGACUGGCGAUUGGGAUCACGUCUGCUGUACCACACAGUGGGCUUCCUGCUGCCUUCAGCCAUCCUCAUCUUCUCCUACUCCCGCAUCCUGUGGCGACUGCAGUGCGGCUCCCAGAGCAUCCAAAAGCAGAAAGCUUUCAGGGUCAUCAUGGCUGUGGUGCUGGUUUUCUUUCUCUGCUGGACACCAUACAACAUCACACUCCUGGUGGAAACGUUUCAUUCCAGCUACACCAUGACCACCUGUGGAGUCAGAACAUCUCUGGAGAAAGCCAAGAUAGUCACCUCGUCUGUCGGUUACCUCCACUGCAGCCUCAAUCCCAUCCUGUAUGCCUUUGUCGGUGUGAAGUUCCGGCGUCAGCUCCGAGUAAUCCUGAAGUCUCUGGGCUGCAAGCUGAAAACAAGCACCACACUGCAGUCUGCUGCUCACAGCAGGAAGAGCUCCAUUUGGUCUGAGUCUGCUGACACCUCCAACUCAGUCGCUAUUUGAGAGAGACACAAACAUAUCAACGAACACAUGAAGAGGUCUACAGAAACUUAAAAACUGGCAUGAAGACACAGACAUGAACCAAGAAUGCCUCACUGUUAACUUCCUGUGGUAUUCAGCCUGUAAAAGAGAUGCAUUCUUUCAAUUUCCUGUCGCUCUCAGCGCGUUAGCGGCUGAACAGGAGCAUGACCACUCGACAAAGAUAGUUUUUGACUCAUAAGGAUUUGAGGUCAUACACCUGUACUUGUAGAUAUGUAUUUUGUUGUGGUAGAAAUACCACACUUCCCUUUUCUAACUGCUAAGCAACAUUGUAGCUACUGUUUCACAUGCAAGGUUUUAUAUUAUGUAUUUUUAUACCACAAUUACACAUGAUUUUCUGAAUGUAACAUUUAAAUACAGAAUAAAAUGGUUUUUUUUUAUCCUAAA